AUGAUUAAUCAAUAUUCUAAUCGGUCAAAAGUGCAUGUACCAAAACGAAGAAACUCAACAUCAGUUUUGGAGGAUCUUGAUGGAUUCGGUAAUGAUGUACUAAACUAUGACAUUUACCAAAAAGCUUUAUCUGAAGGUGUUGAAAAUGAUAAAACAAUUCGAGUAAAUGUUGUUGGUAAUUUUGCCCAAGGCAAAACAUCAUUGACAAAUAUUCUUGUUGGAAAACAAUCGCAGGACGUUCCGAGCACCAAUGGCGUUGAAAUAAUACACUGUAAAUACUCUAAUGAUCAUGAAGAUAUCAAGUUCUGUUCAAAGAGCACUUCACCUGGCGACGAAGAAUACCAUAGACGUAUUGCUUCAUUGAUACGGAUUGAGAAAGAUGGGAUAAAAUCUAUUCAAAGUAAGGACAAUUCAAGAUGUGUCAACUUAAACGAAGCAAGUACAAAUUCGCAAGUACACGUCAGAAAGACAGGCGUUGAGAUGUAUACUCGAAACAGCUGUCAUCAAUCAAGAGAUUUUCUAAAAGUUUCUAUGCUGGUCGAUAUGAAUCAAUGUGACCCGUUUUAUACGGGUGGAGAUCUACAGUUUUGGGAUUUUGGGGGUCAGUUUAUCUUUUAUGCAACACAUACCUUAUUUCACAGCAAGACAUCUGUUUAUCUCAUGGUUUUCGAUUUAACAAAAUCGUUAUCAGCUAUUGUAGAGGAUACAGAAUUUCCAAACGAAUCAGUAAAAAAAAGCAUACAGCAGUAUGCAGAAUUCUGGAUGAGAUCUAUACAUUCUUACGUUGGGUCCGACGAUGGUUUACAGCCUCCAGUCAUACUUGUAGGUACUCAUAAAGACUUACUGGAAGGCGAUGACAACAUGAGGCAAAAGUUGGCAGACGAUUACUUUGAUAAAAUAAGGAAACUUUUCGACGACACACCAAUUAUCAAUCACAUUCAGGCAAAGGAUUUUGCAGUCGAUUGCACCAAUCCUAGCAACAGUAGCAUUGUUGAACUGCGUAAGGAAAUCAUACGUCUUGGUGCUAAUUUAGAAGGGAAAAAAAUUCCUGCUAGAUGGCUACCUCUUGAAAAAGAAUUGCUUGCUGUGAAGCAUAAAAAGAUAAUUUUGUAUAGCGAAGUAGAGGAAAUUGAUGCACAAAACGCGGUUCCGCUGACAGAUAAGGAACAUAUAAAAGUGUUUCUGCUCUAUCAACAUGCAAAAGGAAACUUAUUUUACUUUGACGAAGAGCCACUAUCAGCAUACAUUGCGCUGGACACUCAAUAUGUAAUUGACGCAUUUAGAUGUAUAAUAACAUCAGAGAGAUUUUGCAAGAAAGAUCCAACAUGCCGCCGUCUUUGGAAAACUCUUACACAGGAAGCAAAAUUAGAAAGGCAAUUGCUUGAGAGAGUCUGGAGUAACGAUGCUAAAAACAACUUUCUGGAACACAAAGACAUUCUGCUGAUGUUGAUGCAAAGGCAUCAUAUCAUUUCCGAAGCCUUGAGUUAUGACGAAGAAACAGAAGAGAUUAAAGGACUUGGAUGGUAUGUUGUUCCAUGCUUUCUCCGCACAUACAUAUCUAAUUAUGUUCUAAAAGAAUUCGUCACUGGAAGACAAAAACUUUCUGAAUUU